GAUGUUUUUCCUUGCUCCCUUUUUAUGUGUCCGGCGCGGGGCCCCCUUUGCGAUGUGCUGAAGAAGGGGUGGGAGGGGCAGGCUCCUCGGGCUGGCAGAGCACCAGGAAGGUUAUGGCUCCAGGGCGAGGGGCUUCCUUUUUAUCUGGGACGUGGCUCGGGCUGUCACUGUCAGAGCGCACUUGCUAGUGGCCGAGAAGUAGGAAGUGAGCUGAGCUCUUAAAGUCCCCGCUGAGGCUUUGUGGCGAGGAGGAAGACGCAGAAGCAAAUGGUCUUGGGAUCAUUUUACAACCCUUUUUAGUAAACUCGCUGCUGCAUGACAAUUGCGGAAGGACGGAAACAAGCCUCGGUUAAAAUGCUCUUCUAAGGCUGCUCGAUGAACAAGCUGCACCGAGAAUUAUUCUGUGACUAAGGAAUGUCAAGCUAGAAAGUUGAAGCUGAUUGUCACUAUGGUGCCUCCACGUGGGAAGAGGUGUCCUAACAAGCACCCUUCUUGGGAGCAGUUUUCCUUACUUGCGAUAGCAUUCUGUGAUUUAGUACUUGCCAUAAAUCUGAGACUUGCUCCUAAAAAGACAAGAUUUUUUUCAGUUAUUAUUACCAAAAAAAAAAAAAGCAUUAAAAUUGUGACAAUAACUGAUGAAAGAUCAGAGAAUGAGUUGUGAACUCUCAAGGCUUGAUUGGUAAAAGUGUGUUGAAAUUGCCAAAGCACAGAAGACUAUCUUCUUCCAAAGCCUGAAUACACAGUUUGUCCUCUGUUGAAUGGAGCCUUGGAUAAGGAUCCAGGGCUCUAUACAAGGACAGGUCAAAGUGUUCAGGGCCCUGUAUACAUUUGAACCCAGAACUCCAGAUGAGUUGUAUUUUGAAGAAGGGGAUAUCAUCUACAUUUCAGAUAUGAGUGACACAAAUUGGUGGAAGGGAACCUGCAAAGGCAGGACUGGACUUAUUCCAAGCAACUAUGUGGCUGAACAAGCUGAGUCCAUUGAUAAUCCAUUGCAUGAAGCUGCCAAAAGAGGAAACGUGAGCUGGUUGAGAGAGUGCUUAGAUAACCAAGUUGGUGUCAAUGGUUUAGACAAAGCUGGAAGCACAGCUCUGUACUGGGCUUGCCAUGGUGGGCACAAAGAUAUAGUGGAAGUGUUAUUUACCCAGCCAAGUGUAGAACUAAAUCAACAGAACAAAUUGGGAGAUACAGCUUUGCAUGCUGCUGCUUGGAAGGGUUAUGCAGAUAUUGUAGAGAUGCUCCUGGCAAAGGGGGCAAGAACAGAUUUAAGAAACAAUGAGAAGAAAUUGGCUCUGGAUAUGGCUACCAAUGCUGCCUGUGCUUCUCUGCUUAAAAAGAAACAAGGGAGAGAUACAGUGCGGACAUUAAGUAACGCAGAGGAAUACCUCGAUGAUGAAGACUCCGAUUAACUUCCUUCAUAAUGUCUUAAAAACGAUAACCUCUAUUGCCUGUCAUUCCCGAAUCAUAUCCUUGCAACUGUAAAAAAUACCUUAGAGUAAUGAAGUCUUGCAAUCUCUCACUAUAACAUGUAAACAGAGGGUGAAAUCUCUUGCACAAGGAGACCCCACAAAGGCUAGGAAAUGCCAAAUUUUAAAUCAGAGUUCCCUUGAAAUCAUCAUGCUGGAGGUUGUAUGCUCUCUCUCCCCAUCUUGCUGUAUGGGAAUGGACUUAGCCCUCUAAACAUGCAGUUGUCCCAAGAUAUCCCGUCAGGUACCUCGUAUCUCGAGAAUACACUCCUGAAUCCUAGCUGUCGUCUUUGUCAGCAUAGAUGUUCUCCCACUGGGAGCACUCCCAAGAAUUCUCUUGAGGUGUCUUUCUUAUGUGUGGAUAAGAACUUGCUUAAAACAUAAUGCUGGCAAGGUGAGCAUUAUUUGACAUGGGGAAACCCUGCAGGUAAGAGAUGGGAUAAUGCAAUGGUGAAUGCAUUAUCUACCUCCACAGAGCAGGAAGAGACAAUGUAAGGCUUCUUUUUAUUUCCACCAUAUGGGAGUGGGGGUGUGGGGUACAAUGGCAGGGGAAGAGCUGCCCUGAGCAGUUUCUUGGUUUAUUAUUAUGGGCCUAAUCCUGAAAUCCUUACUUGGGCAAAAUUGCCUCUGGAAUCAGAGAAUUUUGCCUUAGGAAGGAACUUGGACUCUGACUGGAUUACUUUGCUGUUUGAAUUGUAUUGGUGUUGGAAUCAUUAGCAUUGAAGUGAGGAGGGAAUAUUUUUCUGUUUAUCCUGCCUAAAAAUUUUACUGAUCUUUUGCUUUUAUUUUUAAAAGUGUUCUUGUUUUUCCUUUAAAGUACUUUACCUCAAAGCUGAAAUGUUUUUGAAACUAUAUAUAUUAUAUUAAACCAAAAAAAGUGUUGAGAAAAUUGCCUAAUCUGAAUAAAUCAUUUAAAACACUUGAA